AUGACGUCAAAGUUUGGCGAGUUAUCAAAAAAAGGAAACUAUCAACUACCAACAGUUGUUCAACCACCUGCUGAUCCAGAAGAUAUAGAUGAAUACACAGACGAGCAGAUGGUAGUUUUUCAAGCCAAUGCUAAAGCAAGAAACUUACUCUAUAAUGCUACAAGUGGAGAGGAAUAUGAAAAAAUCUCUAUUUGUGAUGCGGCCAAAGAAAUAUGGGAUAAACUAGAAGUUACUUAUAAAGGAACCAGCAAAGUGAAAGAGACUCACAUCAACAUGUUAGUUCAUGACUGCAAACUUUUCCAGAUGAAACAAGGAGAAUCCAUUGAAGAAAUGUUUGCGAGGUUCAGCGAAAUCAUUAGCGAUCUAAAUGCUUUUGGUAAACCAUACUCAAGUGGAGAUCAAUUUAAGAAAAUUAUGAGGAGUCUACCUACCACUUGGCAGACAAAAAUAGUUGCACUUGAAUCAUAA